UUUUACAAGUUUUUCUCGCGUAGUUUAUAUUGUUCGUUUCUAGUCCCAUCCAAACUAAAUUAGCUAGUUUUGUGCGCGCCCCGCCCGAAAAUGCCGAAAAUUUUCACCCCCACAAAUCAAAUCCGGCACACCAACGUGGCGGUAGUGCGAAUCAAGAAAGCAGGCAAACGGUUCGAAAUUGCGUGCUACAAAAAUAAGGUCGUUUCCUGGCGAACCGGGGCCGAGAAGGAUCUGGACGAAGUGCUGCAAACGGUGGCCGUUUUCACCAACGUUUCGAAAGGUGAAAUGGCUAAGAAAGAUGAUUUGAUGAAAGCCUUCGGUAAGGACGACCCGGUCGAAAUCUGCAAGGAAAUACUGGCCAAGGGUGAGUUGCAGAUUUCCGAGAAGGAACGGCACGAUCAGCUGGAGUCGAUGUUUCGCGAAAUUGCCACCAACGUCGCCGAUCGGUGCGUGAAUCCGGAAACGAAACGUCCCUAUCCGGUUUCGAUAAUCGAGAAAAGCAUGAAAGAUAUUCACUAUUCGAUCAAACCGCACCGGAACGCGAAGCAGCAAGCGCUGGAGGUGAUUAAACUGUUGCAGGGGACCAUUCCGCUGGAGCGUGCUAAAAUGCGGCUAAAGGUGGCUCUGCCACGGAAGGAUGCCAAGCGACUAAAGGAGAAAGUAACUAAACUGUGCGCUCCGCUGGAAUCGGAGGAAUGGGAGGGCGAUCGAUUGGUCAUCACUUGCUUGAUCAAUCCCGGACAUUUCCGGGAGAUGGAUGAAAUUGUUCGUACUGAGACGAAAGGUGGCGGCGCUUUGGAAGUACUUGAUCUGAAGGAAAUCAAGGAAGGCGAAGAGGUUCUGGAAUGAGCGCAUUUUUUUGUAACGUUUUUUGUUGAUUACCGUAAAACAGUCUUGAAUAGCAUCUAGGUAAUGAUAGAUAUUUUAUGAAGUUUCGAUGCAAGUUUCAAAUCAGCUGAACGCAGCUGUUUUCGGACCAUUUCUUGCGGUUGCAGAGAUUGAAAAGAGCAAAGUAGGCGACCACCGAAAAGUGAAUGGAGGUGGAAAAUUUUCUCGAUUUCUUUAAAACGUUACUAAUCGCGGUUAAACCUUAAUUUGCACACGUUAGUUUUCCGUAAAAUGUGAAUCAAGUGUGAGCAGCAAAUUUGGGGGAUAUUAAAUAAAUAUCUUUUGUGUGUUUUCUGGGUGG